AUGCAUUUCGCACGGUUCUCCCCCCUUCUCCUUUUGGCCAGCACAGUCGCAGCCACGCCCCGCCACCCCUGGAAGGGUAAGUGGGAGUACUCCCAUCAUCAUUCCUCCUUCGCGUCCCUAAAGGAUGCAUCCGCCGGCUUCGCCAUGCCUUCUGGAACAGGCGUCGCUCCGGUGAUCCCUCAGGGCACAGUGCUGGUCGCUGCUCCCAAGGCUCUUGUAUCCCACGUGCCCUCUGUGUCCUCGACCGAGUCCGGCGGAGGCGACACUGAGAAGGAAGCCGCCAAGCCACAAGAGAACCCAGGCUUACCAUCUUCCUCAGCGCCAGCAAACGCAGUUUCCUCGACGCCUGCCGCCGCUACUGCUAGCAAACCAGCACCUACCACGUCUGCAUCCCCACCCUCCGGCGGCGGAGUCUCCUACAGCGCCACCUUCACCCAGUACGGACUCGACGACGGCAACGGUUCCCCCAACUGCAACACCGCCACCGUUUCCUGCGGCUUCUUCAACACCCCCGGGUACAACGCGGCCGUGUCCCAGAACCUGUUCGGUGCGGCGUCGGGCAAGACCGACACGUGCGGUACCUGCUGGCAACUCGACCCGGUGUCGAACCCCAAUGCCGCGAACACCGCCGCGGCGGUGGGUGGCCUGAGUACAAUCGUGGUCAUGGUGAACAAUCUUUGCCCGGCGUCGAGUAACGAAAAGGAUUGCGGUCAAGCAACCCUUCAAGACACCAACUUCGCAGGCGCCAACGUGAACUUCGACCUCUGCAAAGACGACGGGGCCGCCAACGCCCUCUUCGGUGGCUCGGGCAUCGGCAUGGCGUUCGGCAAGGCCACGCAGGUCGGCUGCGAUUUGUGGACCGGGAGCCAGAACUACACCACCGGCACCAUGCCCAGCAUGCCCCUCGAGACGUCUUGA